AUGGCUGCCAUCAUCACACUGCACUCUCCAAAGUUCUUUCUUGUUCUGCUCCUGUUAACCCCUUGUGCAACUCCUUUAGCCUUCCAUUCCCCCACCUUCCAACAAAGUGAUCACUCCAGCAGCACUACGAAAUUAUUAAAUAACAAAGGAGAUGUUAGCUUUCUUCAUAGCGCCAAAAAGGUCCUACUCAACCGUGCAUUAGGAGUACGUAGCAGUAUCGGCCGCCCUGUCAACAGCUCAAUGGAAAACGUCAUUGAGCCGCGCAAUGAGUACCCAUCCAUGGUGGUGGAGUCUGAUACGUACCAGAAUCCAUGGCCAGCAGUGGAGGAUUCUGAAGGCAAUCAUGUGGGUAUUGACGUCGACAGUGUCAAGUCGAAUGUUACCAGGCCUAGGAAUGCUGUUACUGCAGAAGGAAAACUAAAUCAUGCUUGGAUUAGUUAUAAUUCUAGCUCAAAAAAUCUUAGUGUUGCCUUCACCACUUAUGUAAAUGGUAGCCAGGAACAAGUGAUCAAUUCUCUCAGUUACAUGGUUGAUCUAAAUAAAUACUUGCCGGAUUGGGUCAGGCUUGGCUUCUCUGCUUCAACAGGAGCUGCUUCUGCUCUGCAUAACAUCAUCUCAUGGAAUUUUACUUCUUCUUCACUAGGUGAUGAUGAAUCUCUAGCUUUUCGUGGCCAAAGAAAAAAGAAAAAGAAUCCCCAGUUCGUGCGUGGCACUAUGGAUCUAAAACCAACUCAAGAAAACGCAAGAAACCACUGGUGGUUGAGUACUACUAUUGGUGAUGGUGGUGGAGGAGGACUUAUCUUGGUUUGUGUGUUAGGUUUGGGUUUGUUCAAGUCGUGCAAGAAAAGGGCACCAGAAGGAAGGGCUGCAAAAAAUCUUAUGAUUCCUCAUGACAUGAUUGAGCAAUUGGAAAAGGAGAUCCGCCGCCCAAGGCAGUUUUCGUACAAAGAAUUGGAUUCCGCAACCAGACAUUUUUCUGAGGAAGAAAAACUUGGAGAGGGAGAAUUUGGUGUGGUUUACAAGGGCUACCUAAAAGAUUUGAACUCUUACAUUGCUGUUAAGAAGAUCUCAAAAGGAUUUGAACCGGGGCUUAAGGAAGUCGUGUCAGAAGUAAGCGCCAUCAGUCGACUUAGGCAUCGGAAUCUGAUACAACUCAUUGGUUGGUGCCACGAUGAAGGGGAGCUCCUACUUGUCUACGAGUUCAUGCCUAACGGCAGAUUAGAUUAUCAUUUGUUCCAAGGAAAAAGCCGGUUAGUUUGGGAGAUAAGAUACAGAAUUGCUCAAGGCUUGGCCUCUGGGUUGCUCUAUCUACACCAAGAAUUGGAACAAUGUGUCCUGCACAGGGAUAUCAAAUCCAGCAAUGUUAAAUUGGAUUCAAAUUUCAACGCUAAACUGGGGGGUUUCAGGUUUGCGAGGCUUGUGGACCAUGGAGAAGAAUUGGAGGAGAUGACUACUAUAGUUGGAACUUUUGGCUACAUGGCUACUGAAUAUUUGAUGACAGGAAAAGCUAGCAAGGAGUCAGAUAUCUAUAGCUUUGGAGUUGUUGCUCUGGAAAUAGCCUGCGGAAAGAGAGGUUUUGAUGUAUUGGAAAGUGGUAAACCUAAUAUGGUAGAGUGGGUUUGGGAGCUUUAUGGAGAAGGUAAAGUCAUUGAAGCAGCUGACCCAAAAUUGUGUGGAGAUUUUGAUGAGAAACAAAUGGAGUGUUUGUUGAUUGUUGGGUUGUGGUGUGCUCAUCCAAAUUACAAUUCCAGACCUUCAAUACAGCAAGUGAUUCAAACGCUUAACUUUGAAGUUGCAGUGCCCAUUCAACCAUCAAAGAUGCGAACUACUACUUCUCCUCUUACAAUAUCAGUUUCAGGUUUGUCUCCUAGUAUUGGUUCUGAAGGAGGGCAAGUUGAUGACUCUGGCCCUGAUUAUACCACCAACUGCUCAGAGAUCACUGAAUCUUCUGCAACAAAUUCUCCUCCGUCAAUUUCGCUCGGCUAA